UGUCCGGGGUCACCCAGGCUCCGUGGGGCAGGUCUAGGGCAGGUGCGUGGGGCAAGGGCCAUGCAGAAGGAGGAGCUGGGUAUAGAUGAGAACCGCAACCCCGAGCCAGAGCCGCGGCUGCUGGGGUUGAAGAAGGAGAAGUGCCGACCUGAGGGGCUGGAGGGGCAGCUGCACAACCUCACCAACCACAUCCCAGCAGGCACCUGGGAGGCCAACGGCCACGGCCCGGAGGCUGCGGAGGGAGGUGCCCCCCUGAGCCCCUCCAACACCCUGAACAUCCGCAACCUGCAGCUGUCGGAGCGCGAGGCAGGGCCGCCUGCCCCCCACCGCUUCCCCCACCGCUACCACCCCCACCCCCGGCCCUUCCCUGCCGCCCACCGCCGGAGCUACCGCCCCGGGGCCAAGGAGUGGGGGCCCAGCGCCAAUGGGCACGGCCCUGGGGAGGGGCGGGGGGGCUGGGCUGCCCGCCGGCGCCCCUUCCCUGAGACCCCCCGCAGCCCGGAGCGCGCCAGCCACGUCCCGCAGGACGCCGAGAAGGCGCCGGAGCCAUGGGCCCUGUUCCGCCCGCCGCCGGCGUUCCCCGUGGACAGCAGCCGCGCCCGCACCCUCCCCAGGAUCAGCUACGCCAGCAAGCUGAAGGAGAACCUGGAGCGCCCGCCAGCCCAGGUGCCAGCCUCCGCCCUGCGCACCGCCGGCCCGCUGCCCAACGGCUCCCCGGCGCUGCCGGCCGAGCCGCAGCUGGGGGCCAUCUUCCAGAACCAGUGGGGGCUGUCCUUCAUCAACGAGCCGGGCGCCGGGCAGCCCCCCGGCCGGGAGCAAACGGAGCCCGCCGCAGGGCACAGCCGGGACUGCUGGCAGCACAUGAGCCACAAGGACUGGGAGGAGGCGCGGGACUAUCACACGGAAGCAUGGGAUCAUAUAUGGAAGCUGCACAGACAAGGCCUCGCCAUGCAGAGCUGCCCCCUGCUGGGCUCCCUGUGCCUCUGCCUGGAGCGUCGACCGCCCCUCGUCUGUUUCUGCCUCUGCCUCUUCUCAUUGGCUGUCACCUUUGCCGCCUUUGCCGCCUACAUCCAAUCGCACGAGGUCAGGGACGCUGACAUCACACAGGACUGGAACUCGCUCCUGGAGUCCCUGAGCCACCUGAGCUUCUGCACUGACAACGGGAUGUGGGGGGGGCCAACAACUCCGGCCCCCACCCCCAGGGCUGCCCCCCCUACACCCGGGGCCCCCCCAGCCCUCUCAGUUUUGGUGGGUCUAACCUUCAACCUCCGCGGGGGGGGGCAACCCAACACCUCCCGCCUGGCUGUGACGGUCACCGGCCACCAGCUGGGACUUGGGGGUCCGGUGCCCCAGCAGCCGAUCCGCGUGGUGGUCGUCACCCCGUGGCCCCCCGGCCACAGCCCUCAGGGCAGCUGCCUGAGCCUGGCAGGCUCCCCAUCCCUGCUGCCGCAGACCAGGGCGCCGCCCCGCUGCAUUAUGGGGGAUCUGGAUGCCCAGCCCCAGGAGGAGCCGAGGUCCUGCUACCAACCUCGCUACCAGCCCGACCCCACUCUGGCCACCAUGCUGAGUCUAGAGGAUCGCCACCUGUGCAGCCAGCGCCUCCUGCUGGCCGGCCUGACCGUGCUGUGCCUCUGCGCCUUGCUGCUGUGCAUGGCCAGCCUCUGCCUGCCGCCCCCCCACAACACCAGGGGGAGGCUCUAGGGGCUGGGAGCCGGCUGGGACCCACCUACCCUGCCCGGGGCAUUCCCAGGGUGCCAGGCGCGGGGGGCCUGUCUGGGACCAAUAAAUGGGUUACGCUG